AUGUACAGACUGUACGCCCACAAUGCACCGGUGGGCCGUCUGCCUCCCUCGAUCCGUCCAUCCACUGCACAUUAUCGACCACCAUGCACUUCACUCGUGUCGUCCAUCCACAUCUGGUAUGCCGGCAAAGGCCCCCUCCUCGACUGCAUCUGACAACAAAAACAACACGACGACACCUAAUUAGUUGCGAUACAUACAAAGUCCCUCCGAUGAUGUGUCUCACCGAGGCCCCCAUGCAGGACAAACCGCACCGGCGCGAAAGGCAGGUCGUUGAAGGGCAGUGCGUCAAACAUCGUCACGCUGCCAGAAGGCAAACCAGACACUGUGGCCGCCCCACCGUCACCCAUACCGCUCUCGCUCAGCAUGCGUCUGAUGACCUCCAGCCGGUCACUUCCAUCGCGCAAUGCGGCGAUUGGGGUGGUUGGCGGUGCUGCAGUUGGCGACGGAGUGCUCUUGAUGGCCCUGUACGCGUCGAGUGAGCGGUAGAGCCGCUGAUGGAGGGAUGUGGCCAGCUUGGACCAUUGCCUGGACGUCUGCUUGAAGUGUGCGAGAGCCGAGCAGAAGUGGUGUCGAGUGGAAGGGAUCUCGCGCAUCAGCUGGUGCUCGUUGAGGAGGAAACCGAGCUUGUGUGCCUUGUCCAUGGUAGCCUUGCACUGGCCCCACAGCCAGACGCAGUUUUCUUCUUUGACAGCUACGGCCACAUGCACUCUCCUGCCCUCAUUGCUGCCCGACGCACCAGUAGAAGGCACCUCCACGUCCACAUAAGACCGAUACUGCACCCAUCACACACAUCCGCACACACGCACACAUUACCGGCGGCCGGUUGCGCUGCUUGCACCAUCCACAUGCUUACUUGUGGGUCGCAGAAUGAGCAUGACACCCCCGUGUAGAACUGCAGAAGGCCACGGGUGCAGUUGUGGAGGUCCUCAAACAGGUGGGCGAAAGAGCUGCCAAACUCAGAAGACAAGCCGCGAGCCGUCCUUGUGAGAUCCAAACCCAGCUCACUGAUCAACACUGAGGAAAAGAAGAGCACAGCACACAAUGGGCCAUCCCGUUCUUGUUUGUUGUGGCGCACCAGCAGCAAUGUUGACACGGACAGCCAGGGAGGCGAUGAAUCGAGGCCUGCAGCAAUCGGGCUGCCCAUUCCACUGCCGACACAAAGAGAAGUUCGCCGAGCUGACCGUCGCCACGUCAAAGAAAUAAGGGAAGGCCGUGUGGUUGAGCCAUUGCACUGAGCCCUUGACAAUGGGCGAGUCGCACGUCACGCCCUCAUCGUCGGGGGGUGGCGAGGGAAGCAGCUUUGCGGCUGUCCUGGUGGCCCAAGCAACAAAGAAGAGCCAUGGCACGAGGGGUUUCAU